AUGGGAAAGGAAGAGGAGGAACCGAACAGGCCUGCCUCGGGCAGGGGGGAGAAGGUGUGCUUCGACUCAUGCCAGCCUGACCCACCAGCAGCAGCGGAUGGCGUAUGGAAUCCUCGGGUAGAUGGAGGAGGGCCCAAGACCUUGUUUCCUUUGUAUCACCCAGACAAGCAGGGCCCAGAUGUGUCAGUGACUGAAGCAGAGGAGCACUUACACAGGUUCAUUGAGGUCAACCAGGCUUGGAAGGUCCUGAGCAACAAGGAAACAAAGAGAGUGUAUGAUCUGCAGUUAUGUGCCGGUGAACUGAAUCAAAGUUGGCCAGUCGAUGCCCGUGUCAGUCUGGACGACAUGACUUCCGAUGACGAUAACGAGGUGUAUGCCUGUGGCUGUCGCUGUGGAGGGGAAUUCUCCAUUGGAAGAGAGGCAGCGGAUGAAAAGGCCAUUGUGUGCCGUGACACCUGUUCACUCAGCAUAAGAAAAAGUUGUGUGACCGUGCUUCUUGCUCCACCACAGGGUGACCCCAGAUUGUGGGAAACGGGCCCGUCCAUCCCCUCGCUGAGCGGACACAAUAUCGACCCGCCGUCCCCCCAAAUGACCAGCAGGGAGUGA